AGAUAUCACCGGUAUAUACCGGCGCGUCUCUGUGAACACAGUUUUUGCAGUAUCUGGAACACCCCAUACGAGUCAGGUGCAAGAAUGUGGACAGGAAAGAGACUUGCAUUUGCAACUCUUGUGACGUUGUUGCUUGAGUUGCAUAUUGCCAAAACACAGAAAGUGUCAACUCAAGAUGGCCCAGUCCUUGGGCAACGCCUGUCAGUGUUGGGCAAGUCCCUUGACGUAUUCUAUGGAAUCCCAUACGCCAAGCCUCCUGUAGGCGAUCUCCGCUUCAAAUACCCACAACGUUCAGAAUCAUGGGGACCGGAAGUUAGAGAUGCACAGAAACCGACGCCAUCUUGCUUCCAAAUUAAAGAUGCUCUUGACACAGAUGAGCCUCACAAACAAAUACCCGAAGAUUACAGUGAAGACUGCCUUCAUCUUACAGUGUGGGCACCGUCUGACAAUGGCGGCAAUCUGGCAGUAAUGGUCUGGAUCUAUGGCGGAGGGUUUUUUAGUGGAUCUACACGAAUGCCACUGUAUGAAGGAAAAUACAUUGCAGCAGAGAAUGACGUCAUCGUUGUUUCAAUGAAUUACAGAGUGGGGUCAUUAGGGUUCGGCUAUCUGGGGCCAGACACCAUCCCUGGAAACAUGGGCUUGAUGGACCAACGACUGGCCUUACAGUGGGUGAAAGACAAUAUUGCAAACUUUGGUGGAGAUCCAUCCCGAGUCACCAUAUUUGGAGAAAGUGCUGGAGGCGUCAGCGUGAGUCACCACCUGGUGUCACCACUGUCACGUGACUUGUUUGACAGAGUCAUCAUUCAGAGUGGGGCCCCCAAUAGCCCUUGGGCAUACACCAUACCUAAAACAGCAACAGUGAGAAUAAAGAAGAUUGCUGAUCACCUUGAAUGUCCAUCUUCAACUGACGCAGACAUCUACGAGUGCUUGAAGAAAGCAGAUGCUCAAACUAUGACAGACCUUCAGCUUAGUGGUUUGUUUGAUGUAAUGGAAGCAUUUAUUCCAGUAGUGGAUGGGUACUUCCUUCCUGAUGACCCCGAAAGUCUUCUGUCCAGCGGAUCCAUCAAGCAGACCAGUGUAUUGCAUGGGUUUACAGGAGACGAGAAUACUCUGUUUUUGGCAAUGGCGUUGAAGCAAAUGAGAAACGUGUCCAGAUUACCCGAAACACUGAUUUUAAGUCAGCCAGAAUAUGAAAGUCUUCUUUCCUAUGACUUUGUUGGUGGUAAAGGAUAUGAAGAGGCUCUUCGCCUGUUUUAUGAAAGUCAGAAAGUUCCUUUAAAGGACAGCCACUACUUUGAUGUCUUGACUCGCAUGACUUCAGAUAGGGAUUUCAAAUGUCCUCAUAUUGAGUUUGACAGAUUGUACACUCCUGCUAACCCUACCUACGUGUACAGUUUUAAUCACCGACUAUCAAUUAGUCCGUAUCCACAGUGGAUAGGAGCAGCCCACUGGUAUGAGCUUGACUUUGUGUUUGGUUGGGUUCUGGAAAAGUCUCUGGGAUGUACAGAGGAGGAGAUGGAACUCAGCAGGACCAUCAUGACCUACUGGACCAACUUUGCCAAGUCCGGCGAUCCAAACUUUGCCAAGUCAGGGUGA